CCACACUCCCCCACGCCCCUCUCUCUCUCUCUAUUCCAAACAGCUAAAGCCCAGAAGACCCCAGAAAAUCUUAUCUCCUAUCCUCUUCUCUUAUCUCUCCUCACCUCCUCUCCCUUAUACUCCCUCUUCCCAUCCCCUUCCCUUCUCGCAAGUGAACUUCUCACUCCCCUCAUCUCCUCCAUUCCCAUCUCCAUCAACCGAACGCCAAAAAAUAAAGCGAAAGAAGCAAUUUUUCAUGGCUCCUAAGGCUGGAAAGGCCAAGCCCCAUCGGUCUAAGGGGGAGAAGAAGAAGAAAGAAGAGAAAGUUCUGCCGACGGUCGUCGACAUUACCGUCCAGACUCCGGACUUCUCUCACCUGACGCUCAAGGGGAUAUCUACGGACAGGAUUCUCGAUGUUCGAAAACUUCUGGCCGUACACGUGGACUGCUGUCAUUUAACUUGUUACUCCCUCUCUCACGAGGUGCGGGGACCGCGGCUCAAGGACUCCGUCGACAUCGUCUCCCUGAAGCCCUGCCACAUCACCAUCAUUGAAGAGGAGUACACGGAGGAGCUGGCCGUUGCCCAUAUCCGGCGCUUACUUGAUAUCAUCGCCUGCACCACCGUGUUCAGAAAUCCUCCGGCGAAGAAUGCCGGAGCCUGUACAUCCCCCGGAUCAAAUUCGCCGACAGCCGGAGCACGAUCUAGCUGCGGCAUAUCGAAUGAGCGCGACUCCUCCUCUGCUGAAACUUCAGACUCCGUUCUGAAGCCCCAACGAGGAGGCAAUAAAUCCGGUUCCCUCUCGCCUGCCGUCGGUGAUACCGGACCGAAUCAGAAGGAAGAAGUUGCUAUCUACCCACCGCCCAAGCUUGGCCAGUUCUACGACUUCUUCUCCUUCUCCCACCUCACGCCACCGCUCCAAUACAUCAGGAGGUCGGUGCGGCCAUUUGUGGAGGAUAAGAGACCAGAGGAUUUCUUCCAGAUCGAUGUGAGAUUUUGCAACGGGAAGUUAGUGACUAUAGUAGCAUGUCGAAAUGGUUUCUAUCCACCAGGGAAAAUGACUCUAACCAGCCAUUCUUUAGUGGGAUUGUUGCUGCAGAUCUGCAGAUCCUUCGAUGGAGCUUACAAGUCUCUUAUGAAAGCUUUCGUUGAGCACAAUAAGUUUGGCAAUCUUCCAUAUGGCUUCCGAGCAAAUACAUGGGUGGUCCCUCCUGUUGUUGCUGGUUCUCCUGCAGUUUUUCCUGUCCUUCCUACAGAGGAUGAAACAUGGGGGGGAAGUGGUGGUGGCCAAGGAAGCGAUGGGAAACAGGAACAUAGGAAAUGGGCAAGGGAAUUUUCAGUCCUUGCUUGUAUGCCUUGCAAAACAGCUGAGGAGAGGCAAAUCCGAGACAGGAAAGCCUUUAUCCUUCACAGUCUUUUUGCUGAUGUCGCAGUUUUCAAAGCGGUUGGUGCUAUUCAGGAUCUUGUUUUUCGUCAUAAACAGUCAACUGAAACACCAAAUGACACUGAUGCAAUUUCGCCCGAAGUAAAAGUUGGCGAUCUGACAAUUACAGUUACACGAGAUGCAGCUGAUGCCAGUGUUAAAUUAGAUGUAAAAAUUGAUGGAAGUCAGGCUCCUGGAAUGUCUUCUAAUGAUGUCACCAUAAGGAACUUACUGAAAGGAAUUACUGCUGAUGAGAGUGUAAUAGUUCAUGAUACUGCUACUUUAGGCGUUGUUAUUGUUAGACAUUGUGGAUAUACCGCUAUUGUUAAAGUUCCAGUUGAACCUUGUACCAGAACCCUACAGGACUUUGAUAUUGCAGACCAACCGGACGGAGGCAGUAAUGCUCUAAAUGUCAAUAGCUUGAGAAUGCAAUUGCACAAGUCAUCUGCUCUGUUAACCAGCGAAGCCCUAUACUCUCAGUUUUCUGAAAAUGGUAAUUUGCAGUCUUCUAGAUCUUUGGUGCGAAAGUUAUUAGCAUUCAGUGUGGAAAAGUUAGAAAAAGAAGAUCAAUCACAUAGAAAAUCAAUCAGGUGGGAGCUUGGACAAUGCUGGGUACAGCAUUUGCAGCAAGAUCCAGGAAAAAGCCAACCUAAAAAUACUGAGGUAACUAAAGUCGAGCGAACUAUAAAAGGCCUUGGGAAACAAUUGAAAGAAAUCAAGAAAAAAUCUGAUGAGAGGGUUGUAAAAAUGGAUCCAUCUAAGGACAGCUCUGUAGAUGCUAGCAAACACCAAAUGCUAGAUGGUUGUAAUCAGCAAGAGAAGGAAUUGAUUCUGAUGAAAUUACUUCCAGAAGCUGCAUUCUUGCGGCUUAAGGAAUCUGAUACAGGCCUCCAUGUUAAGUCGCCUGAAGAGUUAAUUGAGCUGGCGCAUAAGUACUGUGAAGAUUCUGCCUUACCAAAAUUGGUAGCUGAUUUUGGGUCACUCGAACUUUCGCCUGUUGAUGGGAGGACUCUAACAGAUUUUAUGCAUUCAAGGGGUCUGCAGAUGCAUUCUCUGGGGCGCGUGGUUGAGCUGGCUGAUAAGCUUUCUCAUGUUCGUUCUCUUUGCAUACAUGAGAUGGUUGUCCGAGCAUUUAAACAUAUUCUGCGAGCAGUUGUUGCAGCUGUUAGUGAUAUAGAUGAUUUGGCGGCGUCUAUUGCAUCAUGUUUGAAUGUUUUAUUGGGCACCGUACCAUCUGAGAAUGUCAAUUCUAGCUUAGCUUCUGAUCAUCACCACAAGGAGAAGUGGCUAGAAAAUUUUCUUUACAAGAGAUUUGGCUGGAGAUGGAAGGAGGAAAAUUGGAAAGACAUGAGGAAGUUUUCUUUACUCCGUGGUCUUUGCCACAAGGUUGGGCUUGAGCUACUUCCUAAAGACUAUGAUAUGGAUUCAUCAGACCCUUUCAAGAAAUCAGAUAUCAUCAGCUUGAUACCUGUUUACAAACAUGUUUCUUGCUCAUCUGCUGAUGGAAGAACUCUUUUAGAAUCAUCCAAAACUUCUCUGGAUAAGGGCAAGCUAGAGGACGCUGUUAACUAUGGUACCAAGGCGCUUACCAAACUUGUGGCAGUUUGUGGCCCUUACCAUAGAAUGACUGCUGGAGCAUAUAGCCUUCUUGCAGUAGUUCUAUACCAUACCGGAGAUUUCAACCAGGCAACGAUCUAUCAGCAGAAGGCUUUAGAUAUAAAUGAGAGGGAACUUGGUCUUGACCAUCCAGAUACAAUGAAAAGUUAUGGAGAUCUAGCUGUUUUUUAUUAUCGUCUUCAACAUACAGAAUUGGCUUUGAAGUAUGUUAAUCGGGCCUUGUAUCUUUUGCACCUGACCUGUGGUCCCUCACAUCCCAACACGGCAGCAACCUAUAUCAAUGUAGCAAUGAUGGAAGAAGGGCUGGGAAACGUUCAUGUGGCACUCAGAUACCUGCAUGAAGCCCUCAAGUGCAACCAAAGAUUAUUAGGAGCAGAUCAUAUUCAGACCGCUGCCAGUUAUCAUGCGAUCGCUAUUGCUCUUUCUUUGAUGGAAGCAUACACUUUAAGUGUUCAACAUGAGCAGACAACCCUUCGAAUACUACAAACGAAGCUUGGAGCAGAAGAUCUUCGCACCCAGGAUGCUGCAGCUUGGCUUGAGUACUUCGAGUCUAAGGUACAAGAACAGCAGGAAGCUGCACGGAACGGUACUCCAAAGCCCGAUGCUUCAAUUGCCAGCAAAGGUCAUCUAAGUGUUUCAGAUCUUCUUGAUUACAUAAAUCCAGAUGAGGAGCUUAAACUAAGAGAGAUUCAAAAGAAACAAGCCCGGACAAAGAUCAAGGACAGGAUUGAACAGAAUCAAUGGAAAACAAUCAAAGAUGAAGAGCUAAAGGAGGAAAAGAAAAAAGCAGAUUAUCCACAGAACAAUAUCUCCAAUGAUAAAGAGAAUAAUGCUCUUAACCAGCCUAUGGAAUCUAAAGAUGGGAAACUUCAUAAUUCCGUUGCUCCCAUGCCAUCAAGUUCACAGAAUGAUGGAGAACAGGGUGAAACCUCCGAUGAAGGAUGGCAGGAAGCAGUUCCCAAGGGACGGUUUUUCUCAAACCGUAAGCCUUCCAGUUCAAGGAGACCUAGCCUUGCAAGACUGAACACCAACGCCAUUAAUAAUGGAGAAACAGGUAGAUACAGGGGAAGAGCGGUCUCAAACUUCUCCUCUCCAAGAACCUCACCAAGUGAGACCAGUUCCACUAAUUCCAUGAGUCCUUUUUCAGAUAAAAAUGUAAAAGCUUCCAGCUUUGGUUUCAAACCUCCAACCAUCACUAUGGCUGCCAAGGCAGCUCCAUCAACAAUUUCAAUGAAUGGUCCGUCCACUAGGAAAAACUUAUCAUACAAGGAGGUGGCAUUAGCUUCACCGGGUACUAUAAUGAAGCCUGUAGAACAACAAUCACCACGAGAUGAGUAUCACAAUGACCAGAAUGGUGAAGCAUGCACGGAGUUGACCAUAGUGGAAUUACAACCCAAUGGAAAACAAACUGAAGAAGAUAAAGCCAUUGAAGAUGAAGCUAAAGAACAUACAAUUGAUGAGAGAGGGGUUCCAGAAGAAAAUGUUAUUUCUAAGACAAUAUCAUCUACAGAAGUGGAAGCACAAGUAAAAUGUCUUGCUAUGGUGGACUCUAUGAAUUGUGAUGGUUCGAACGAUUCAAGGAUGACUUCACCUGAAACUGAACUGUCCAAAGAAAUGGGGAAUGAUACAGAAAAUUGCAUGACUGGUGACAAUGUCAUGGAAGAAUUUGAAACGUCCAUAGCUAUUGAAGAUUCUGUCGAGAAGGAAAUUGAGGAAGCUGUAGCUGUUCCUCAUGAGCUAUCUUACUCUGAUGGAAAUGUGCCUGCCUCCGUAGAGAAUGCUGUGGAACAAGAAGAUGAUGCUUCUGACCUUUCCAGUGGAGGGGAAAAUGAGAGAACUUCAACAAUGGAAGUGGAGAAUAAUCAACAAACAAAGGAAGCAAGCAAGAAACUUUCAGCAUCUGCACCUCCAUUCAAUCCAUCUAACAUGCCGGUCUUUGGUUCAGCUUCAAUUCCAUUCAUAAACGAACAUGGAGGAAUUCUGCCUCCACCAGUCAUUAUGCCGCCAAUUUUGACAACUAAUCCUAUUCGUAAGCACUCUCAUCAAUCUGCUACAACAAGGAUUCCUUAUGGUCCCCGUCUUGCUGGUAUUUACAACCGUGCCGGGCAUCGAGGUGCUAGGAAUAAGCUCACCAUUCAAAAUAUUGAGCCGAUUGUUGUUGAUGGAACUGGUUUUAGUCCAAAGGCCAUGAAUCCAGAUGCUGCUGAAUUCAUACCUGGCCAGCCAUGGCUCCCUAAUGGCUACCCAGCUUCUGUGUAUGGCUUCCCUGUUUUUUCUCCAGAAUCUUCAGCUUCAUCAGACAGUUUAGCAGCAUCACCAACUGUUUCUGCUAACGUUUCUGAAAACAGUGAAGGUUUGCCUAAAGGAAACGAUCAAGGUGUCCAUCCUUCUACAGAAGAGAGUGAGAAGGUUGGUGUGGUUGAUCCUGAGAUAAAUACAAAAGCUAAAGAUGCAGUUCCUGAAGGUGCAACUGUGGAGGCAGAAUCUUCAGAGCCAGCUAGUGUUCAAAAGUGUAUAACAUUGGAGAUAAAUACAAAAGCUAGAGAUGCAGUUCCUGAAGGUACAACCGUGGAAGUAGAAUCUUCUGAAUCGGCAAAUGUUCAAAAGUCUGUAACAUGUUGGGCUGAUUAUAGUGACAGCGAAGCUGAAUAAGUCGAGGUUUUGAAUUGUAAGAAAAGAGACUGGAGAAGGAAAAGUCUUGCACGAUUUGUUAUUCCAAGAACAAUUAAUCUACUCUGGCAAAUGAGGGAGGGAGGUAAAUUUGAGCUCAUUCCGUAGGUUCUUAGAACUAUUUGGAAUUCAAUUUUGUAUCUCCUAAUACUUUUUUGAAGGCUGUAGGGGUAUUGUGCUGAGCUAAUUUUUGAUUCGUGGUAAAAGUUCUUAAAGGUGCGAUCAUGGAGUCCCUCUUGGAUGGACAUUCAUCCGAUGGAAAAUUCUGUAACUUUGCAAGAGGGAAGUUCACUCAAUAGCUCUUCUAAAGUUGAGAUUACCUAACAAUAUGUCUGCAUAAGUUGUGAGCAACAUCCUGUUUGUACUUUGAUUCUAUUCUCAGUGGUGGCGAAAUCUACAGUGUUC